ACAGAACUCCUGACAGACUCUCAGCCUUGCAGACUCUCCUGUGCCAAGUAUAACCCACUACCACCGGGAUUCAUUUGCGACUCCUGUUCCGUGGCCAUGGCUUUGUCCGGGCUGCAGAAAGAAGUUCUUGCCCUCUACCGGCAAUGCCUGCGUGCAGCGCGCCAGAAGCCCGAGGCAACUCAAAGUCACUUCAAAGCCUAUGCUAGGGCCGAGUUUGGCAAGAGUAUUUUGAUCAGCAAGAAGGACUUCUCGGCCAUAGAGUUCCUCCUGCGUAAAGGAAGGCGUCAGCUUGAUCUCUACUCCCAGCCAAACAUCAGAGACAUUCGGUGACCCAUGCUUGCCAUGCUGGUCGCUUGUCUGUUAUGCGCCUCCAGCAGCCCUCGAUCUGCUCGCCUGAAGAACAAGCAAUCAUUCGAGGC